AUGAAAAAUAAAGCUGGAUCCAUUGUAAAAGGCUGCUCCAGUGCGUCGCAGGGAGCUGUGGGCGUAGAGAGUGAUCCCUUUGACGUCUCAGGCGCAGGGUGGGCGAGCCUCGAAAGCAGGUUCGAUGAACUAAUAUGCUUAAUGGACGCCCCUUCAAACGGCAUUAAUGCAUUGGCGGCGCGUUCUGCACAUGGUGAUCGUGUAGCUAAUGUCAUUUCUCAGCUGCUGGAUCAAGCCCAAGAUGAGAGUCGCAGACUGUUGGUAGAGGGAAAUGGUGAGGCGGCAGUUGAGGCAGGUGUCAAAACGUUGCGUCUAAAGGAAAGGUUUUACGGGAAAAAGAGUGUAAAGCUUGUACCAGCCUACUUUCACCUGGCACGUACCAAUCAGUUUUUAGGACGCUACGGAAAUGCGGAAGAAAUGUUGUCACUUGCCCAUUUUAUUAUUCUUAACCACCCAGAAGAGGUUGGCACAGCGACGAAAGCAGAACUUCAUCAGACGUUUGGACUCUUGUACGCUGCUGAUAAUAAAAUUGAAGCCGCCAUACAGCAUCUGACAGCUGCCACAUACUAUCUUAGUGUGCUGAAUGGGCCGGUGGACGUCUUGACGUCUUUUGGGUAUUUUGAUCUGGCCAAUGUGUUUGUGACAAAAGCCAGUAUGGAAGGGGCCAUGGCACUCUAUGACACGGUGAAGAACAUUUGGUUUAAAUACUUGCGGCGUGUCCUCCAGGACAUCGUGGAGGAGGCACUAGCAGCAAAGGCUGUUAAACGGUACGAGGACGAUGAGGUAGUGCAAGACACGGGGUACGCCUCUGCGAAGGCCUUUGGAAAGGAAAACUUGGCCGAUGUUUCUAAGAUGUUGCAUGCCAUUUACAAAAUACAGAGAGAACGUUUUACCACUUUACACCCGACGACAGCACGAGCACAGUUUGUGCUUGGCUUAUUUCUUCUUUGGGUGAGUGAAAAGAAAAAGGCAGGGCGGCAUCUACGAACAGCACGGGUGACAACGCAACAUUUUCAUGGUGAACGACAUCCAGUAGUGCAGGAAAUAGAGGAGUGGUGCGAGUGGUUUGAAAUACCUUUGGAGAAUGACGACGCAGAGGAGCGGAAACUGCAGUAA